AACUCGAAGUUUGAAAACUUAGUUUCAGAUCCGAUACGCCGUCUAUCGGACAAAGGACAGUUUCAUAUAGACGUCGCCGUAACCUAGUAUAUAGCAAAAGCAUAAAUUCAUUCCACUUCUAAGUGACGAUAACGAAGCCACAAUGGAGAAGAUAGAGGAUAAGAACCAGCAGCAAGAAGAGGAACAAGUGGUGAAUCCUUGGGAAGUGUCGGCCAAAGAAGGCGGUAAGAUUGAUUACGAUAAGCUCAUCGACAAAUUCGGUUGCCAAAGGCUGGAUCAAUCCUUUGUCGACCGCGUUCAACGCCUCACUUCUCGUCCUCCUCACGUCUUCCUCCGCCGUGGAGUAUUCUUUGCGCAUCGAGAUUUCAACGACAUUUUGGAUGCCUAUGAGCGAGGGGAGAAGUUUUAUCUGUAUACCGGCCGUGGACCUUCUUCUGAAGCUUUGCAUUUGGGCCAUUUGAUUCCUUUUAUGUUCACAAAAUACCUUCAAGAUGCCUUCAAAGUCCCUCUUGUUAUACAACUAACUGAUGAUGAAAAAUGCAUGUGGAAAAAUCUUUCUGUGGAGGAGAGCCAAAGACUCGCCCGUGAGAACGCUAAAGAUAUCAUUGCUUGUGGUUUUGACAUAUCAAAGACCUUCAUAUUCUCAGACUUCGAUUAUGUCGGAGGUGCCUUCUAUAAAAAUAUGGUCAAGGUUGCCAAGUGUGUUACUUACAACAAGGUUGUUGGCAUAUUUGGAUUCACAGGUGAGGAUCAUAUUGGAAAAGUUAGCUUUCCACCUGUGCAGGCUGUUCCAUCAUUUCCUUCAUCAUUCCCACAUCUAUUCUCUGGCAAGGAUAAUCUACGUUGUCUAAUUCCAUGUGCAAUUGACCAGGAUCCAUAUUUCAGAAUGACACGAGAUGUUGCUCCUCGGAUUGGGUAUCAUAAGCCUGCAUUGAUUGAAUCACUGUUCUUCCCUGCUCUCCAGGGAGAAACAGGGAAGAUGUCAGCUAGUGAUCCAAAUUCUGCUAUUUACGUGACUGAUUCUGUGAAGGAUAUCAAACACAAGGUAAACAAGCAUGCUUUCACUGGUGGCCAAGAAUCCAUUGAAAAACACAGACAAUAUGGGGCAAAUCUUGAGGUAGAUAUACCAAUCAAGUAUCUUAAUUUUUUCCUUGAGGACGAUGCUGAACUUGAGCACAUAAAGAAGGAGUAUGGUGCGGGGCGCAUGCUUACAGGCGAGGUGAAAAAGCGACUCACUGAAGUUUUGACUCAACUAGUAGAAAGACAUCGAAGGGCUCGGGCAGCAGUAACAGAUGAGAUGGUUGAUGCAUUUAUGGCUGUGAGACCCCUUCCCAGUAUGUUUGAUUGAAUUGGUAAUAUCAGGUAAUGAAAACAAAUUUAUUGUGGAUGAACACAACCUUGGGUUAUAUUAGAUUUGUGUUCCCUUUUGCUAUAUUCUGUAAAUUACUGGAUUUAGCUCCAGGGAGUGUACUUGUGGUUGUGGUGCAAUGCUGGAAUUUAAUAUCUGAACUCUAGAAAUGUAGUGAAGGGAGAGUGAUAUACAAAAUUGAUUUAGUGGGUGUACAA